AUUUGAGGCUGACUUCCCCCCGAACUAGGAUUUACGGAGAACCUAUGUGCAGUCAAAACUCUAGUCAUGGCAUUUAUCAAGACAAGCGGGCAAUGUAAAGAAAGGUUUUCUCUCCUGUUACUGGAUCUAGAGGAGUAUUAUUUUGAACAGCACAUAGCAUACCAUGUGACAAGUACUUCUAAUACCAAAAGAAAAAUACGAGGGUCAUUCAAAGUUUGCUCCAAAUCGGUUAUUUUUGAACCUGAAGAUGUUGUGGAGCCAAUUUUAAAGAUUCCACUUCGAGACUGCAAAAGCAUAAAAGCUGUUAAAGGAAGUUGUCAUGUUUUCAAUGAGACCCAACCAACAGGCCUCUCAAUCUCAUGUGGACAGGUUUAUAGUAUCAAAGCAAGCAAUGUUAUUGCACCUUACAAAAUUGAAAGGGGAAACAAUACAUUUUUCUUCCAUCUGGAGGCAACAAGUAAAACAGAGGAUGUUGUCCAAACAUUACUUCAGCUGCAACGGGCAUCUUGUCUGGACAAGCUUGCAGACCAAACUGCGAUGAUCACAGCUAAUUUGCAGUCAAGACUGGCAAGGACUUCAUUUGACAAGAACAGCUUUGAGAGUGUUGCAGAAAAAACACACAUGGAAUGUAAGGCGGAGAUGGUGACACCACUGGUGACAAAUGCAGGCCUUGUCUGCAUAACAGAUGAAAACCUUUACUUUCAACCUCUCAAUGGUUAUCCUGAACAGGUAGUCCAAAUCAAGCUUCACAAAGUAAGAAGAAUAUACAAAAGGCGCCAUGGACUCAGACCACUGGGACUAGAGGUCUUCUGUUCUGAAAAUGACUUCUGCUCAGACAUCUACCUGAAGUUUUACGACACCUGCGACAGAGAUGAACUCUACUAUUAUAUUGCGACAUUUCUAGAGAACCACACAGUGGAACACACGGCUGAGAGUUACAUGCUGCAAUGGCAGCGGGGCCACCUCAGUAACUACCACUACCUACUACACCUCAAUAAUCUGGCAGACCGCAGCUGCAAUGAUCUCUCUGCAUACCCAGUCUUCCCCUGGAUAAUUUCAGACUACACAAGCACACACUUAGAUCUGACGAGUGCUUCAACAUACAGAGACCUGAGUAAGCCUGUGGGAGCACUGAACCCAGGGAGACUGGAGAGAUUGUUGAUGCGGUACAAAGACAUGCCUGAACCCCGUUUUAUGUAUGGCAGUCAUUACUCCUCUCCUGGCUAUGUGCUAUUCUACUUGGUGAGAGUGGCUCCAGAGCACAUGCUGUGCCUACAAAAUGGCCGCUACGACAACGCAGACCGCAUGUUUAAUAACAUUGGAGAAACAUGGAGAAAUUGCUUGGAAGGUGCAACAGACUUCAAAGAGUUGAUUCCUGACUUUUAUGGAGAUGAUACCAGCUUCCUUGUGAACAGUUUGAAUCUAAACUUGGGAAGAAGACAGGAUGGAAGCUGGGUUGGAGAAGUGGUUCUUCCUCCAUGGGCACAAGAUGCUAGUGAUUUUCUUCAGAAGAAUCGUCAAGCAUUUGAGAGUCAGUAUGUGUCAGAACACCUGCAUGAGUGGAUUGACCUGGUGUUUGGCUUUAAACAAAGAGGAUGUGAAGCGGUGGUGGCUCACAAUGUGUUUCAUCCCUUGACAUACGAGGGUAGCAUUGAUUGUGACAGAAGCGUCAUGGACCCUGAUCAAAGGAUUGCCAUGUUGACACAGAUUCUUGAAUUUGGUCAAACUCCAAAGCAGCUGUUCACCAACCCUCAUCCACAGAGGAUCACCCCUUGGGUGAACAUGUCUCAGACAGCCAGCUGCAACACAGCCCUCUCUCCAGACUUGACAGAAAGAAGCGGAAGAAUGACCUGGACCAAUAUAACAAGUCUGAAACUGCUGUCAAGCCACAAAAUUCACAAAGAGGCUGUGACAGGUAUCACUGUGACACAAAACGGGUCAGCUGUUUUUACAACAUCACAAGACUCCACAUUGAAAAUGUUUUCCAAAGAGUCAAGUGUAUUUCAGCGGAGCAUGUCCUUCUCCAAUAUGGCUUUAUCAUCCUGCUUGAUGCUCCCUGAAGAUAAAGCUGUGGUUUGUUCCUCCUGGGAUAACAAUGUGUAUUUUUACUCCGUACCUUAUGGUAGACGGCAGGAUACUUUGAUGGGACAUGAUGAUGCGGUCAGCAAAGUGUGUUGGAUGAACGACCAGCUUUACACUGCAUCCUGGGACUCCACUGUGAAGGUGUGGAAAUGUUCGUGUGCUGAUAUCUCAAGAACAAAAAGGAGCCAGCUUCAGUUGCUAGCAGAGUUUGAACAUGAUGCUGGGGUCAAUACAAUCAGCUUGAAUCCAGCUGGUACCCUUUUGGUAUCUGGAUCUAAGGAUGGAACUGCAAGCAUUUGGGACACUACUACCUUUGCAUUACUACAUCAAGUCAACUGCCACACAGGAACCAUCCACGACAUAGCCUUUAGUCCUGAUAGUAGACAUAUAUUGAGUGUAGGAGAGGACUUCUGUCUGAAGAUGCUUGACGUCCAAACGGGCAUGCUGAUCUUAUCUUUGCAAGCUGAAGAGGAGCAGAGGUGCUUCUGCUGGGAUGGAAAUACAGUCCUUACUGGAGGACAGUCUGGAGACCUGCUUUUCUGGAAUCUGCUCAGCAGCAAAGUGACCAGUAGGAUCCCUGGACAUUCAGGUAUGGUCACAGCCAUGUGGAUGAAUGAGCAGUGUAGUUCUUUGAUAACAGGCGGAGAGGACAAGCACAUCAUCUUCUGGAAACCUGAAUGAUAAAAUCAGGGCUUGAUAAGAUUGUAAACAUGUCUCCAAUAAACUCUCACACUUUAAUAUCAUGUAUCUGUGUUA